GCAUCAAAAUACUAAAUAGAAAAUCGUGAUUAUAAUAUAAUCACUUGUGUAGAUUUUCAUCCUUCUUAAUAACCCUUACCUCCUUUAAGAAAAUUAGGCCAAUCUUAAGAUCAUCCAUACCCUAGAAAAGCAAAAUUUGAAGUUGCAUAAGAAUCAGCAUAAAUGCAACAGACACACCAUACAAGAGAUCAUAAUUCUCAUUAAGAAAUUAGAACAAUUAGACCUGGAUCAAUGAUGAAUGUUUCAUCAGUUAAAUUUGAUUUUAUUUCUUUCACUUAGGCUAAAUCAUAACCUUUUAAUGAUCUCAAAUAAGAAAUGAAAAUUUUACAUAAAAAAAAAGUACUAAACCUAUAUCUUAUUCUAGGGAGGAAUGGGUGAAAUUGCUGAUUUAGGUGGAUUAUGCUAUCCUAAUUUUAAUAAAGAAUAUUAAGAUAAAAUUAAAGAAAAUUAAACUGUUUUUAGAAAAUAAAAAGGUGAAUACCCUGCUGUAACUGAACCUAAAUACACUUAUGGCCCUUUUAUGAAACCCUUUAAAAAAUAUAAAUUCUGA